AUGAAAGCAGGCUGCAGCAUUGUGGAUAAGCCAGAAGGAGGAGGAGGUUAUCAUUUCCCAGAGUGGGCUUACAAGACUGAGUCCAGCCCCGGCUCCCGGCAGAUCCAGUUAUGGCAUUUCAUCCUGGAGCUGCUGCAGAAGGAGGAGUUCCGCCAUGUCAUCGCCUGGCAGCAGGGCGAGUACGGGGAGUUUGUCAUCAAGGACCCUGACGAAGUGGCCCGGCUGUGGGGCAGAAGAAAAUGCAAACCCCAGAUGAACUACGACAAGCUGAGCCGGGCGCUCAGAUACUAUUACAACAAGAGGAUUCUCCACAAGACAAAAGGCAAAAGGUUUACCUACAAGUUCAACUUCAACAAGCUGGUGAUGCCCAACUACCCGUUCAUUAACAUUCGGCCUAACGGUGUCGUGCCACAGAGCGCUCCUCCUGUCCCCACGGCUUCGUCCCGCUUCCAUUUCCCACCGCUGGACAGCCACUCUCCCACUGAAGAUGCCCAGCCCAGUCGGUUCUCCGGUGGGUCCCUGGUCCCAUCCAACCCAGAAGCGUUGGGUGACGGCGGCGAGAGGAAGCCGGACAUGCCGGAGCUGGAGGACGGCUCCUCGGAUUGGCGCCGUGGCGUGGAUCUCAUGGCCUCGCGCAACGCCGUGGGCGCUGGUAGCGUCAACCACCAGAAGCGCAAGCCCGAUAUUAUGCUCCCUCUCUUCACCAGGCCCGGGAUCUACCCGGAUCCUCACAGCCCCUUUGCCGUGUCCCCUCUGCCGGGGCGCGGCGGGGUCCUAAACGUCCCGAUCUCUCCUGCGUUGUCCCUGACUCCCACCCUUUUCUCCUACAGCCCCUCUCCGGGCCUCAGCCCCUUCACAGGUAGCAGCUGCUUCUCUUUUAACCCCGAGGAAAUGAAACACUACCUGCAUUCGCAAGCUUGCUCCGUCUUCAACUACCACCUGAGUCCGCGGACUUUCCCCCGCUAUCCGCUCAUGGUGCCACCACUACAGUGCCAAAUGCCCCUCGAGGAGCAGCCCCAGUUCCCCAUCAAGCUACAGCCUCCCCCCGUGGGGCGCAAAAACAGGGAGAGACUGGAAAGCACUGAGGAGCCGGCAGCC